AUGUCGUACUACGACGAUCGUCGCUACAGCGCACCCCGCGACCGCGCCCGCGGCGGCGGUACUGCAGCAGAUUAUUUUGACAACCAUCCACGGGGCCGAGAUGCAAGGGUCGAAAGAGACGCAUAUCCCUCUUACCGGGAUAAUGGCUCGAUCGAAGAAAUCCCUCGCGAUUUCCCUCCUGGACGGGACUAUGUCUAUGAGCGCAGUUAUGAAGCCCGCCGCCCGCGCCGACCUGUUUACGAAAAUGUGCGCCGUGCGUCUUCUGUAAGCGGUGAUCCAUACUACGAUAGCGGAUAUCAUCGUCGUUCACGCCCGCAAAAGUCCCGGCGUUAUGAUGAUCGUCCUCCUCCUCGUCGCUCCAGAUAUGAUUCUUCGCUCGCCCCCUCGUCACAGUCGCCGCAAAUCUAUCGGCGACGCUGCCUAGGUGCCCUCGGUCUCGGCGCUGCUUCCAAAGUCAGUUCCCGCAGUGACCGUGACCGUGAUCGUCACCACGGUCGUGAUCGAGGCCGCUCGUACUCUCGCCAUGGUCGCUAUUCAUCAUCCUCUCGUAGUCGCAGCCGUGACCGCCACGGCAGCAAGCGUGACAAAAGCGAACAGCGCAUGAUGCAGGCUGCUCGUGCAGCUCUGACCGCCGGUGCGGCAGAGGCCUUCCGAUCUCGCAAGGAUCCUGGUGAAUGGUCCGGAGCCAAGGGCAAGCGUGUUUUGACUGCAGCUGUCACUGCAGCCGGUACCGACGGACUUGUCGACAAAGAUCCAAAAAAGCACGGCACGCGUCAUGUCAUCGAGUCAACUCUCGCCGGUAUGGCUACUAGUCACUUCAUUAAUGGCGGCUCAUCCAAAUCUCGCGAUCGAGAUGGUCGUGGUCGGUCCUCUGCGGGUAGCGGUCUUAAAAACCUCGCCGCAACGGGUGCACUAGCUGCAGCCGGGAAGGAGAUCUACAAUCGAGUUUCUCGUUCGCGAUCGAAACCCCGUGGCCGAGACGAUAGUCGUGACCGUGAUAGCGAUGAUGACCGUCGUGGAUCCAAGAAACGCAGCAAGAGUGUCUCGGACUACAUCAACAAGGGUAUUGCAGCCCUUGGCCUUGACGAGGGCAAAGAUCGCGGCAGCAGAGACAGGAGCAGAAGCAGAGACAGAGACGAUCGAUCAGAUCGCCGAGACCGCCGUCAUCGCCAUGACCGCGACAACCGAGACAGAGACAGAGAUCGAGACUCCCGCUACGGCGGCUAUUCAGAUUCAGAUUCAGACACAGAGUAUGGCAGGGGGUAUUCGCGACGAAGCAAAGGCUCGAGAGAUGUAGGUCGAACGCGUUCCUUGAACGGCGGCAGAACCCCCCCAACCCCCACGCAGCGGUGGAACAAACGGAAAAACAGCAACCACCGCACGCGCUCCGAGAGUGAUUCUGACUUAGGCGACAGUAGUGAUGAGAAAAAGACCCGAAAGAAGAUGAAGCGGGACAUGCUGCUAACAUCAGGCCUGGCGACCGUGGCAACGAUCCAUGCCGGCCACAGCGUGUACGGAUCCGUGAAUAAGCGCAAGGAGCGCAUGGCCCAACUGAAGAGUGGUGAGAUUUCAGCCGAGGAAGCACGCAAGCAGCGCAUGAAAGCGAAUGCCCUGGAUGCCGCGAGUAUUGGCCUUGCGGCGCUGGGUCUUAAGGGUGCCUACGGCGAGUGGAAGGAGGUCAAUGAGAAGCGCAAGGAGACCAAUAAUUUCCAGCAGGAGUGUGUUCGCAGGGCGAUGAGGCGUGAACUUAAGCGCAAUCGGAGUAACUCGCUUCCUUCUUAUCAUCGCUGGCCGGAUGAGAUUGAGGAUGCGGGGGCUCAUGAUGGGUAUGGUGGACAUGGGAAUGGAGGUUUCUCUUAUCAUGAUGGAAAUCCGUAUGGAGCUACGAUGGAUGCGCCGGCGAUUUCUUAUUAA